ACCGGUUGGAACACAGGUCGGGUUCAGAGUGGCAAUCAGUAGGUCGUCCCAGGGCCAGCGCCGAUCCCCAUCCGUCCCGCGAGCAAGCAGAGGCGGCGCCGUCGCUCGUCCUGCUGCUUCCGCCGCAUCCUCCGCCACCGCCGCCUGCGCCGAUCCCCCAACCGUCCCGCGAGCGAGCGAGCGAGCGAGCAGGGGCGCCGUCGUUCGUCCUGCUUCUUCCGCCGCUUCCUGGUACUUUACCCCAGAAUAGCAGUGAUGUGUCAAAAUCUAUAGUUGGUCAGGUGCAAGCAGAAGAGCAGGAAGGAAAUGGCCAGGCAAACCAACAAGCAGUGCAGCAACAUAUGAUUUUAGCAGGCCAGUUGUCUCAGCCAAAAUCGUUAACUGAAGGUUUGGAAAAUAAUGUCUACCCAAUUAACGGAACACGAUCACCAGCCAGAACAAGAACCACCACAUUCUGAAAACCAUCUGAAACAGGCAGAGCCAAACAGCUUCCAGUUCGCUGAAAAGGAAACAGGCUAUGCUGGUCUACAGAAUUUCACAGGCCCCAAGGUGGAUGUGGGUCAGACUUCAGGAGAGCAGCAGCAUGUAAAACAGAUGGUCGGUCAGCAAGCACCACCUGGUGCACAGGACGCAAGGAAGCGGGGAUACCAACCGUCUAUACCAUUUAAUAUGUUGAUUCCAAUCCUACAGGCUCAUCUUGACAGAGACAAGGAUAUGCAGCUUCAAACUGUGUGGGCAAAACUUAGGCGUAAUGAAGUUCAUAAAGAUGAUUUCUUGAGAGUUAUCAGGAACAUCGUUGGAGAUCAAAUGCUAAAGCAAGCAGCCCAUAAAGUUUUUGCACAGAUGCAAGCCCAGGCACAGAGAAGUGGCCAGGCAAAUGCAAAUCAGCAGGCUAAUGCAAAUCAGUAUUCUUUACAAUCCCAAGUAUCUUCCAGCGGUUCAGCUCAAUUACAUGAUCAGCAAGUUCACGUGUCCACCACACCUAAUCAGGGCCAAAAAAACCAAGCAUUGUCUUCAUCCCAAACCUUUGUGCAAUCUGGCACUCAGGUGCAGAGCAGUAUGACUGCUCAUGAUAAUUCCAUCCAACGGCCAGAUGCAAAGGGAAUGCAUGUUACGCCGAACCGACCUCCUGUUAUGAACUCAGCAAUUUCUGCACAAACAAUGAACAAACAGCAGCAACCCACACAAGUCCAGCAAGCCUCACAGCAAAUAUAUGGAACAACUAAUCGCCCUGACCAGCCAUACACUAGGCCAAUCGGUGGUUCAACACCUCUUAGCUCACUGAGUUCAGAAUCAGAAAUAAGGCCUUCCUCUCAUCCUGCAAAAAUGGAGAUUCUUCCUUCUCAUCCAAUGACACAACAAAAUGCAGCUGCGCAGCAAAUGCAACAGAACAAGGAUGUGAAGACUAAUGCUUCUAAUCCAAGGAGUAAUGCAAAGCAAGAUUCGGGGACAGGUAAGGGUCGUGCAGUUGGCACUGGAGGUUCUUCAACGAAAUCGCAAGGGAAGCAGGGCCCCCCUAACUUUUCCACACCUCCCGCUGCAAAGAGUAACAAGAAAACUGCUGGGCAGAAGAAGUCAUUGGAAACAUCAGGCUCUACACCACCCCCUCCUAGCAAAAAGCAGAAGACUUCUGGAACCUUCCAAGAACAAAGCUUCGAUCAACUAAAUGAUGUCACGGCUGUUAGUGGUGUUAAUCUUAGGGAAGAAGAAGAACAGCUACUCUCUGCCCCAAAGGAAGAGAGCUGGGCCUCAGAAGAAGCAAGGAAAAUUGCACAGGAAGAAGAUGGCAAGCUUUUUCUGCAGAAAGGCCCACUUCUGAAGAAACUAGCAGCAAUCGUUCCUAAAUGCAAUUUGAAGAGCAUUGGUGGUGAUGUUGAGCAUUGUUUAUCAAUGUGCGUGGAGGAGCGAUUGCGAAGAUUUAUCAGUACUCUCAUAAGAGUUUCAAAGCAGAGAAUUGACACAGAAAAGUCUGGCCAUCAACUAGUUAUAACAUCAGAUGUUGGCCGGCAAAUUUUGCGGAUGAACCAGAAAGCUAAGGAAGAAUGGGAUAAAAAACAAGCAGAGGAAACAGACAAGAACAAGAAACAAAAUGAGGUUGACGGCGGUGGCACUGUGGAAUUAGACAAGGAAAAGGAGGAAACUCGUUCAAAGAAUGCAAAGCCCAACAAAGAAGAAGAUGACAAGAUGAGAACAACAGCUGCAAAUGUUGCCGCCCGACAGGCUGUUGGAGGAAGUGAUAUGCUGUCCAAAUGGCAACUGAUGGCUGAACAAGCUAGACAGAAACGCGAAGGCCUUGAUCUGGCUGCUUCUUCACAGCGCGGGACAGCUUCCAGGUCGCAUAUGGCUGGGAAAGGUCCCACAGAUCACCACGAAGCUUCGAAGAGGACCCAUUCUGCAGCGUUUGGAACUGGAGGCAUGAACAGGCAAGGCAGGGGUCCAUUUGCAGCGUCUCAUCCAAAAGGACCACAAAGAACUAUUUCUAUGAAGGAUGUAAUAUGUGUCCUCGAGAGGGAACCUCAGAUGACAAAAUCGCGGCUGAUAUAUCGGCUCUAUGAGCGGUUGCCUGGAGAUUCCACCAGAGAUUAGGCUUGAAUCGUCAUUUAUUUGGUGUAUGUAUGCACAUUUGUGUAACAAUAUCGAGCUAUAACUUAUUGCUCUACUCCUUCCAUUUUCUCUGGUUUGGAGUUGCGAGGUGUGGGUGGGUGUGUUGGGGGAGGGGGGGGGGGGACAAAACUAGUGUAACAAGUUAGCUGACAUGGUACUCUUAGAAUAUGAACACAUAAGAUGUACUUCCAAACAAAAUGGUCAUGUAAAGAUUAUCACAGUGUAACAGAUGGCAAGAUUGCCCAUUGCUGCCUGCUGGUGCAUGCGCUUGCUCAUUGUACUGUUAUAA